UUCCAUGGGGUCGUCUGAUCCAAGCAGCACGUGCACGGCCUCUUCCUCUCCUUCCACGUCGCCGCGGCUCACCGCCGGCGUCGUCAACUUCUUGGCACGCCGUGCCAUGACCACGCACCACCGACCAGCAGCAGCAGCACCAUUUCCCCUCCACUCGCCGGGCUCCUCCACCGGCUCCGCCGACUCCGCGCCGUGGACCAGCUGCUGCCACCACCGCCACGCCCCGGCCACGCCGCCCCCGCUGCCGUCCGACACCAGCGGCGCCGACGAGAAGCUCCUGCUCAACGUGCUCUCCCGGCACCAGGGUGCCUCCGCGCACGAGGCAGCGGCGGCGGCGCUGCCGCUGAAGCAGGGGGCCGCCGACGCCGAGCGCGCGUUCCGCGGCGUGCGGAAGCGGCCUUGGGGCAAGUACGCGGCGGAGAUCCGGGACUCGACGCGGAACGGCGUCAGGGUGUGGCUGGGCACGUUCGAGAGCCCGGAGGCGGCGGCUCUCGCUUACGACCAGGCGGCCUUCGCCCUGCGCGGUGGCGCCGCCGUUCUCAACUUCCCCGCCGACCAGGUCCGCCGCUCGCUCGAGGGCGCGGAGGAAGACACCCGUGGGGUGUCGCCCGUGCUGGCACUCAAGCGCCGGCACUCCAUGCGGAGCCGAAAGGCCGCACCGUCGUCGGCGGCGUGCCGCAAGGCCCGUGGCCGGCCGGAGGGCGUGGUGAUGGAGCUGGAGGACCUUGGCGCAGAGUACCUCGAGGAACUGCUCGGCGCCUCCGACGGCAUGGCGACCUCGGCCUCCGAUUCAUGGUGCUCGAGCCACCAUUCCAUCUGAUUCCCGCUCAAGUCAGGAUUCUGCACCCAUGAGGCGCCCGGCAUGCAAGAAGUAGGCGACGAUGGAUUGGAUUGAUCGCCAUUUGUGUAGUUUUCUGUGGGGAUUGAGAAACGGUUUGCCAAACCGACGGCCGUUGGUGAAAGACGUGGAGUGUGACAAAUGUUUGGGUUUGAAUUCAGUCAAAAUGAAUGCAUGGUUGUGGAUAGUUCAUAGGCGCCAAAUUUGAAAU